AUGACUGAACAAGCCCGUGUGCUGAGAGCGAAACGCGAUGCAGCACUGGGGAAAAAAUUCCACAAACUGCCUGAUCCGACGUCAUCCAGAGGCGGCACACUGCUACACAGCCUGUCGUCAAAGGAACUGACGAAGGAGCAAGUACAGAUUUUACGGCACGAAGCCUCAUUCAACACAGCUGACGCCAAACCUGUCAACAUGAUUGCAGCUGUGGGAUCGGUCAUUAAUCAGACGGAAGCGGUGGAGGAGACAGAGAACCUAAUCCGACACCAAAUGUCGUCCCGCCUUAUGACCCACAAACCGCGGGAAAUAUUCCCAAAGGUCGAACGCGAUGCACUAAGAGAACUCAAGGCCGACAAGGACAUCGUCAUCGUGCCCGCGGAUAACGGCCGUUCCACCGUCGUACUGGGCAAAACAGACUACCUUCAGAAGGCCAAAGACCUACUAGAGGAUCGCCAGUUUUAUGUCCCAUGUGAAACCAACCCCGUAAAGACGCUGACACGCGAAAUUAAUGCGACACUGUUGGCACUAGAGAACUCGGGUGCAAUGACAUCGACCGACCGACGCAUGCGAGAGCCCAAGAAACGGCCUUGGCCCGAUUCUAUGGUCUCCCCAAGGUGCACAAGGAGGACGCUCCUCUCCGGCCCAUUGUAUCGCUCAAAGGCACUCCAACGUACGGACUAGCGAAAUGACUGUUUCGACGCCUCAAAUUUCUGACCGCUGAUUCGGACACUACCGUCUGUUCGUCAACAUAAAUCCCGGAGAAGCUUAAUGGAGUAAGUCUCUUGCCAAAUGAGGUCAUGUUAUCUUUUGAUGUCACGUCCCUCUUUACUUCUAUCCCACAGGAUCUGGCAAUCGAGACCGUCGAGCUACUACUACGGAACAAAUACAAUGGAACGGAGAAUCGUCUCGGACAUGCCCAAGUCCUUCGGCUCCUAAUGUUCUGUCUCAGGACGUACUUCACGUUGGACGGACCAAUCUACGAGCAGGUGAAUGGAACACCACUGGGCUCGCCGAUCUCGGGAUUCAUCGUCGAGGCGGUCCUACAGCUAUUGGAGUCGCUGGUCGUCCAACACCACAGACCGAAAUUCCGGACUCGGUAUGUGGACGAUACCUUCGUCGUCAUCGAACGGGAUCAAGUGCUAACGUUCAAAGAACGUCUCAACAGCCUCUUCCCGGACAUACAAUUUACGAUGGAGGAGUAA